AAAAAAUGUAAAUGUAUGUUGAAAAUUAAGGGGACCGCCGCCUCCGCAAGGUCAGCGACGCCUGGAUUAUUAAUGAACGGUUACAGCCCGUAUUUGAUUUAAAAACGAGAUCAGCACAAGCACCUACUCCAGUGGAAACGGAAAAUGUUACAGAAAUGAUAGCAGCACAAGAUUUACAAACCGACCCCCCUCAAGAGGCCGAUUCCCAGUUAUCUUCAGACACAGACCUUGAGGAUCCUGAUGGCAAAAAUGCAAAGACAGGGAAAGGAAUGGCAGCGAAAAAGGGAAAGAAGACCCUUGGAGACAAAGUCAGAGGUUGGGGAGGGGGGAAGACACCAGGGCAUGGCUGGGUGAAUGGCCAUCAUCAAGAGAACGGGGUGGAGAACAUGUCCCUGUUUGAAGUGGUCAAAAUGGGAAAGAGUGCCUCGCAGUCUGUUGUUGAUGACUGGAUUGAGGCCUACAAACAGGAUAGAGACAUUGCACUCUUGGACUUAAUCAACUUUUUCAUUCAGUGCUCUGGUUGUAAAGGUGCUGUAAGUGCUGAGAUGUUCAGACAUAUGCAGAACUCUGAGAUCAUCAGAAAAAUGACAGAGGAGUUUGAUGAGGACAGUGGUGACUAUCCUUUAACCCUGUCAGGGCCACUGUGGAAGAAGUUCAGGUUAAGCUUCUGUGAGUUCAUUGGGGUUCUGGUGCGCCAGUGUCAGUACAGCAUCAUCUAUGAUGAGUAUAUGAUGGACACAGUCAUCUCACUGCUCACUGGCCUGUCUGACUCGCAGGUCCGAGCUUUUAGGCACACAAGCACGCUAGCAGCCAUGAAGUUGAUGACCGCCUUGGUGAAUGUUGCUCUGAACCUGAGCAUCAAUAUGGACAACACUCAGAGACAGUAUGAGGCUGAGAGAAACAAGGUCAUAGGGAAGAGGGCCAAUGACAGGUUGGAGCUCCUGUUACAGAAGCGAAAAGAGCUCCAAGAAAAUCAAGAUGAAAUUGAAAACAUGAUGAACGCAAUUUUCAAAGGGGUGUUUGUUCACAGAUAUCGUGAUUCCAUUGCUGAAAUCCGAGCUAUUUGCAUUGAGGAAAUUGGAGUAUGGAUGAAGUUGUACAGUGAUGCCUUUCUUAAUGACAGUUACUUAAAGUAUGUUGGCUGGACCAUGCAUGACAAGCAAGGCGAGGUGCGGCUGAAGUGCCUGACAGCCCUUCAAGGCUUGUACUAUAACAGAGAUCUCAACACUCGACUGGAGCUCUUCACCAGCCGCUUCAAGGACCGCAUUGUGUCCAUGACUCUGGACAAGGAAUAUGACGUUGCAGUGCAAGCCAUUAAACUCCUUACUCUUGUCUUACAAAGCAGUGAUGAGGUUCUAACAGCAGAGGACUGUGAAAGUGUGUAUCAUCUGGUCUACUCAGCCCAUCGACCCAUAGCUGUAGCAGCAGGAGAGUUUCUCUAUAGGAAGCUGUUCAGUCACCGGGGUCCUGAAGAAGAGGGAAUGCCGAGGAGGGGCAGGCAGAGCCUCAAUGGCAGCCUUAUCAAGACCACCGUCUUCUUCUUCUUAGAGAGCGAGCUCCAUGAGCAUGGAGCUUACCUUGUAGAUAGCCUAUGGGAUUGUGCGGCUGAUCUACUCAAAGACUGGGAGACUAUGAUCAGCCUACUGCUGGAUGAACCUAUGUCAGGGGAGGAGGCCCUUACUGAUCGCCAGGAGACAGCUCUGGUAGACAUCAUGUUGUGUGCCAUCCGACAGGCUUGUGAGUGCCACCCUCCUGUGGGCAGAGGCACCGGGAAGAGGGUCCUAACUGCCAAAGAGAAGAAAACACAGCUGGAUGACCGCACAAGAAUCACAGAGAUGUUUGCAGUUGCAUUGCCUCUGUUGCUGGCAAAGUACUGCGUUGAUAUCGAAAAGGUGACAAACUUACUUCUAGUACCGAAGUACUUUGAUCUUGACAUCUAUACCACUGGUCGGUUGGAAAAGCAUUUGGACGCUCUGCUACGUCAAAUCUGGGAGGUUGUGGACAAGCACACUGACACUGAAGUGCUGGAGGCCUGCUCUACAACCUACCACUACCUCUGCAAUGAAGAGUUCACUAUCUACAACCGUGUGGAUGUUGCCCGCUCCCAGCUACUGGAUGAGCUGGUGGACAAGUUCAGCAGACUGCUGGAGGACUUCUUACAAGAGGGAGAGGAACCAGAUGAUGAUGACGCUUACCAGGUUCUGUCCACACUGAAGAGGAUCUGUGCCUUCCACAAUGCACAUGACCUCUCUAAAUGGGACCUCUUCGCCAGCAACUACAAGUUACUCAAUUCAGGACUGCAAAAUGGGGAUAUGCCGGAGCAGAUUGUCAUUCAUGCAAUGCAGUGCACACAUUAUAUCAUCCUGUGGCAUCUGGCGAAGGUGUCAGAAGGCAGCUCCUCAAAGGGUGAUAUGGUGACCUUGAGAAAGCAAAUGAGAGCUUUUUGCUUGAUGUGUCAGCGCUACCUUUCCAGUGUCAACACUGCAGUGAAAGAGCAGGCAUUUACCAUCUUAUGUGAUGCACUGAUGAUCUUCAGUCACCAAAUCAUGGCGUCAGGCCGAGAGCAGCUAGAGCCUCUGGUCUACACCCCAGACUCUUCAUUGCAAGCUGAGCUUCUCAACUUCAUCCUGGAUCAAGUGUUCAUUGACCAGGAUGAUGACAACAACAGCACAGAUGGGCAGCAAGAAGAUGAAGCCAGUAAAAUAGAGGCUCUGCACAAACGACGGAACCUGCUAGCAGCAUACUGCAAAUUGAUCGUUUAUAACAUUGUGGAAAUGAACACGGGAGCUGAUAUUUUUAAGCAGUACAUGCGGCAUUAUAACGACUAUGGAGAUAUAAUUAAGGAAACCAUGAGUAAAACAAGACAAAUUGAUAAAAUCCAGUGCGCAAAAACACUCAUAUUGAGCUUGCAACAGCUAUUCAACGAGAUGUUAUCUGACCUUGGCUGCAAUUUUGACCGAUCUUCAUCAGCCUUUUGUGGCAUAAAAGAGCUGGCCAGGCGUUUCUCAUUGACUUUUGGCUUGGAUCAGUUGAAGACGAGAGAAGCUAUUGCCAUGUUACAUAAGGAUGGCAUUGAGUUUGCUUUUAAGGAGCCUAGUCCCCAGGGAGAGGGAAACCCACCUCUUAAUCUGGCAUUUCUCGAUAUCCUGAGUGAAUUUUCUAGCAAACUGCUGCGACAGGACAAGAAAACAGUGCACCUGUACUUGGAGCGAUUCAUGACAUUUCAGAUGUCUCUGCAGCGGGAAGACUGCUGGCUUCCCCUUAUCUCAUACAGGAACUCCCUGCAGGCCGGAGGCGAUGACGAUACCAUGUCUGUCAUCAGUGGGAUCAGCAGCCGAGGGUCCACCGUCAGGAGCAAGAAGGCCAAGCCAGCCGGCGCUAACAAAAGGAAAUUGCCUGAGGAGGAGAACAGCUGUAGCAGCAGUGAAGCUGCAUGGAUGAACCGAGAACAGAAUGUGCAGACACCAGUGAUGAUGCCCUCACCACAACUCACCUCAACUGCACUAAAAGAUCCAAAAAAGAUGAGGCCAGAAGAUAAUUACAUGGCUGCAUACCCCGUGUCAACAGAGCAGCAUCACCACCAGCCUGUACCUCCUCAGCAGCAGCAACACCACCACCAGACUCCCAUGGAUUACAACACCCAGGUUGCUUGGAUGAUGGCGCAAAGGCAGCAGGCAGAGGCACGCCAGCAGCAGGAACGGGUUUGCAUGCAGUAUGCCAAGAUGAGAAACCAUAUGCAGCAAACAAUUCGUCGGGGCUCUGGGCUAAUGGAAGAUGACGAAGAACCAAUAGUCGAAGACGUUAUGAUGUCCUCAGAGGAACGCUUGGAAGAUCUAAAUGAGGGCAUGGAUUUUGACACUAUGGACAUAGAUCUGCCGCCCUCCAAGAACCGCAGAGAAAGAUCUGAACUGAAGCCAGAUUAUUUCGAUCCAUCCUCCAUCAUGGAUGAUUCGGUUCUCAAUGUUUCGAUGUUCUAAAUGAACCAGGUACACCAAGAGCUAUUGUAUUCUUAAACAUCUCUACAACUUAAAGAUGGAUGACUGAGGACUGAGAGCUGCUCACAGAGCUAAAUGGAGUUAAUGAUUAAUGAAACACCACUGAUUGCCUCUUCAACAUUCGUUUGUUUAAACUUAAAGGUAGACCGUAACAAUUUGAAUUUCAGUCUGAUUUCAUCUUCGGAUUUCACAUUCUGGGGAAAAAUGGUUUUCUCAUCAUGGGAUUUGUGACAUUGCUACCAGGAAACAGCAUGUUGACAUCAUUUGCCUGGGAUGAGUUGGACACUUAAGGGUUGUAAACAAACUGCCGGUUAACUGAAGUGCCAGUCGAGAGUUUUUUUUUCCCACUCUGUGUCAAGUGAUUGACGAAGGAAAGACAAACCGAAGUUCAUAUUGCCAACAUAUACUUUUAACCUUUGUUAUUCAGUGGAGAGGUAUCGUCUGAUGUAAAUAUAUAGUGGCUGGUUGACUUUUAAGCUAUAGAAAUUGGCAUGGCAUGUAGCCAUAUAUUGAAACAUGUACACAGUAAAAUAUAAUGUGAAAUGUCAUCAUAUACAAUUGAAAGGCCUUGCCGCAAAUACAAUAUAUGACGUUCUCAGAUUUCUCUGUCAUGGUAUUUUUUAGAGAUAUAUCUGUUCUGCUUUUAUACCUUAUAGAUGACUUUGAUUUAUAGAUAUUUUGUAAUGACAAUCAGAUGUAUAUUAAUGGUUUCUAAUCAUGUUAUUUCACAUAGAUGCAGAAACUAGCCUUUGUAUCGGGAAAUUCUAAUGUUACUCUUAUCACGGCCUACAGUUUAUAUUUUCUGUUCAUCUCUGUAGAAGUAAUGGAUGAACUAAUGCCAUCACUCACAAUGCCAUUUUAGAGCUUGGUGGCUGCAUUUUAAUUAAUUUUGAAUAAGCUUAAGCAUUCAUAAAUUAAGACACUCAAACUGGCUCACAUCCUUGAACCAGUCAUCUCUUUGCUCCUACAUCCUAAAUGUUUUUCUCCAUUGCAUACUUUGUAGAGGCAGGGAUGCCACAUUGUAAAUUUUAACAAGAGGUCUUAUAAGGGUUGAAUUCAAAUGCUGUGUAAGAUUUGAUGUGAUCCAAGUGUGCAGAGGAUUUUUGCUUAAAAAAAAGUAUAAUUUAUUUCAUGUACCACUGUUACAUGUUUAACAAAGUUAUAAAAUUAUUCUAAAUUGCAGAACUUUAGAAAUCUUUAUCAGCCAUCAGAAUUGUAUAUUAUACAACUACAAAUGUGUAAUAUAUUGUGAAUUGGUGCUCAUUUUAUAUUUGCAGUUUUUUUUUGUUUGAAAUCCUUUAUGAAAAGGUUGAAUAAAUAGAAUGUACCUAUUUGAAUUUAAUUUACUAAUUUUCAGUUUUACAGAACAAUUUGUAUAGUUGUUUUGUUUGUCUUUUCAAAUGAUUGUUGCGAUUCUAUUUCUUUACCUCUGUGAAAGAUUCUGCCCACCAGUUCAAUACAAAGAUGGAAAAUCAUCAUGAUCAUAGUGUUGCAAGAGAACAAAAUCUUAAAUUCCUCAAAACCUAAAUAUAAACUGGUGCACCAGAUCAUCGGGUUUAGGAUUAUGUUAUAUGCUAAUUAGCUGUUAAUGUCAGGCAGUGAAGAGAAACCUCCAUCUUAUGGUCUGUGAAUUCAGAGUAGUUGUAUCAUUUUAUUGGGAAUCUUUCAAUUUUGCAUUGAACUGCUGAACAUGUGCAUACGUCUGUAUGUUUACACACUUAUAUUUAAAAUUUUUGUGUAUAUAAAUUUGUUUUUAUUCUAUUUACAAAGUGUCCAUUGCAUCAUUUAUGGUUUGUAUUUCUGUCUGGAGAUGUAACAUUUUGAAAAGAAUAAACCCCCUACGGUUGUGUGAC